AAACAAUUCGAUACAGCUUUAAGUGUUUUGUUGUGGAUGCGUUGCACAGUGAUUAGAUUUUAGUUUAUUAAAAGGUAAAUAAAUGUAUACCAAAUGUGCAAGCUAGCACAACAAAAUGCGAUGCAUAAAUUGUGUGUGUGUGUUGUGUGCGUGCAGAACGGUAAAUUGUGAGUUGCGUGAACAGCGAUUAACAACAAUUGAACGACAAUUUUCUCUCGUUUGCCGUUUAAUUUGUGCGUCAUCAUUCUGUCUGCCCCAAACUGAAUGUAGUCAAUGUAUCAAUAGCUCAAUAUGUGCAGCAAUAUUGUUGACGAACUAAACAAUCUGCCGGUGCACUGUACAUCUUUCGCAUUCGCUUGCUUAAUUAGAAAGUCGGCUACGUUGUUGUGGACGUGGGCGGCAAUGUGAGGGGCGCGCGAACCAAGCAACAGCAGCUACAAAAUUUCUCAUCGCGCCAAGAUGGAUUUCGCCAGCGUGCUAAAUAAGAGCGAGCCACAUCAGCGCACGAUAAUACACCUGGACAUGGACUACUACUAUGCCCAGGUGGAGGAGUUGCGGGAUCCCACGUUGCGCACCCGCCCGCUGGCCGUGCAGCAAAAGAACUUUGUGGUCACCUGCAACUAUGUGGCGCGGGCGCGGGGCGUUACCAAGCUGAUGCUUGUGACGGAAGCCCAAAUCCUGUGCCCCGAUCUUGUGUUGGUGCUUGGUGAGGAUUUGGUCCCGUAUCGCCUGAUGUCACAAAAAAUCUUCGAUCUGUUGCUGAACUACACGCCCGACGUGGAGAAGCUCGGCUUCGAUGAGAACUACAUGGAUGUGACGGCGCUGGUGGAUUUGCGGCAGGCGCAUGCCGCUGAUGCACAGAGAAAGCCAGCGAUUGGACACGUUUAUCCGGCGGACGGCACUCCGUUGACUGCCUGCAGCUGUGGCUGUGCCCAGCGCCUCGCCAUUGGCACUCGCAUUGCGCAGGAGAUUCGCGACGAGCUGCAUCUGCGGCUGGGCAUCACCUGUUGUGCGGGCAUUGCGUACAAUAAACUGUUGGCCAAACUCGUCGGCAGUCGCCACAAGCCCAAUCAGCAGACGGUGCUGGUGUCCACCUAUGCGGAGCAAUUCAUGCGGGAGCUGGGCGGUUUGCAUAGCAUCACGGGCAUUGGCCAGAAGACGCAAACACUGCUGCUGGAAGCGGGCGUUGUCAGCGUGGAGCAAUUGCAGCAGUGCGACAUGGAAUUCAUGCGCAAGAAGUUCGGCUUUGAGACGGCCACCAAGCUGCGCGAUUUGGCGCUGGGCCGGGAUGCCAGUUCGGUGCGGGUGACAGGCAAACCGAAGUCCAUCAGCGUCGAGGAUGCCUGCAAGACCAUCUCGGUGCACACGGAUGUCACGGACAAGUUCCGCAUGCUGCUCAAGCGACUCAUGGAGCAGGUGGCUGAAGACGGACGCAUACCCAUUGCCAUUAAGGUGGUGCUCCGCAAAUUCGAUAUGCAGAAAAAGAGUAGUCACCGCGAGACGAAGCAGGCCAACAUUCUGCCCUCCCUGUUCCGGACAUCGGUGUGCGCCGGCGAGACGGGCGUCUGUAAGGUGCAGCUGGCGGAUGGUGCUUUGGACAAGCUGCUCAAGAUCAUAAUGCGUCUGUUUGAGCGCAUUGUGGAUCUGAGCAAACCGUUCAACAUCACACUGAUUGGCUUGGCCUUUUCCAAGUUUCAGGAACGCAAAGUGGGCUCCUCAUCGAUUGCGAACUUUCUCAUUAAGAAGGCCGAUCUGGAGGUCCAAUCGAUCACAUCACUCACAAAUACGAGUCUCACCAGUCCCACGUCGGACAGUGGCACGACGACAACGAGCGGCGAUGAAGCCGCUUUUCGCUCCUCCCCGACCACAUUCAAGCCAAGUGAUCAGUUUUAUAGACGCCGUGCGACGACUGCGUCACCGGUGCCCAUGCUGCUGGACAAUGGCUCCGAAUCGGCGGCCACCAAUUCGGACUUUAGUGAUUUCUCCGAAACGGAAGUAGAGCCAUCCCCAAAGAAGAGUCGCAUUGGUCGUGUCCUGGUCUCCAAGCGCAGUCGCUUGGCUGUCGACGUGGCGGACACGGCCGCCGAUGUGGCCUCGCCCAGCAAACUGCGUGUAUGCGAUCUGCGACUCAAUUCACGCGACAGCGAAAAGGAUUUCCCCAUGAGUCCAAUUGCCGCCUGCACAACACCGUCCACAUCCGGAGCAACAGGUGCAGCUGCAUCAGCCGCAUCAGCGCCACGCUUUCGCACCGUUCAGCCGCCCAACACGCUGCUGAAUCGCAUCGAUGGCAGCCUUCGUUUCAUACCCACGCGCACGGCCAGUCGCAUCAGCUCCAAUGCCAGUUCGACGGCCUCAUCACCACUGCCCUCGCCCAUGGAUGAUACGGCCAGUGCGCCGACCACGCCCACCAUUGUGCCAGCACUACAGGUGGCCUCCCCAGCGCCCAGUGUGAUGAGUGCGGCGAGCACAGAGGCCGCCACCGGUGAUUCACUCUCGCACAUUGCCUGCCCCGCCGGUGUGGAUGCGCAGGUAUUCCAGGAGCUGCCCGUUGAACUGCAGAACGAAUUGAUUGCCUCGUGGCGCAGUUCGCUGGUGGUGGCAGCUGCCAAUGUGGUAGAGCAGGCAACCGCCACCAGCAGCAGUGGUGUCAGCAGCAGCAAUACAUCCACCAGCACCACCAGCAACAAUGGCACACAAAAGAAUACCCUAUACCGUUAUUUCCUGAGGAACAAGUGAUGUCGUCGCAGAUGUUGCUGCACGAAAUGCAGCGUUCAACGUUGCCUAGCCUAAUUUGAGUUUAAAAUCGAUACAUUUUUACACACAGAAAACAUACAUAUAGCAGAUACACACAUACAUAUUACAUAUAUUUUUGUA